UAAGGGCUUGACCCGGCGUCGGAAAUCGCAGGGCCUUCGGAGGGGAGAAAGCAACAGAGCAGAGCUGGGAGUGACCGCUCUCCCCUUCACCUCUCCCAGCCAGCCUUCUCCAGCCCUCGCUGCUGCGAGGGGACCCGCUGCCAGCCGCAGAGACAUCCCUGUCCUCGGGCCGUGCUCAGGUGUCACACACCUGGCCCCUUCCUUCACCAGCUCCAAGCACGCUUCCGUCUCCGUAACCUUAGCAAGCCUGGGGUGUGCGUGGUGAUCCCUUUCUCUGGUUGUGGGCUGUCAGCAGCAGGAGAUGCAUCACUUGGAGGAGGAGUUAACGUGUUCCAUCUGCUAUGGCAUAUUCGAAGACCCCCGUGUCCUGCCUUGUUCCCACACAUUCUGCAGGAACUGUCUGGAGGGCGUUAUUCAGCUGUCCAGCAACUUCUCCAUUUGGAGACCCCUGAGGGUCCCUCUGAAGUGUCCCAACUGCAGGAGUAUCGUGGAAAUUCCUGCUGCUGGUACCGAAUCGUUGCCUGUCAACUUUGCGUUGAAAGCUAUUAUUGAGAAAUACCAACAGGAGGAUCACUCUGACGUGGCGACCUGCAGUGAACACUACCGGCAGCCGCUGAACGUUUACUGUCUGCUGGACAGAAAGCUGGUCUGUGGCCACUGCCUCACCAUAGGCAAGCACAACGGUCACCCCAUAGAUGACCUUCAAAGUGCCUACAGGAAAGAAAAGGAGACUUCUGGAAGAAUUCUCGAGCAGCUCACAGAUAAACACUGGACUGACGUGUGUCUGCUGAUUGAGAAGCUGCAAGAGCAGAAGUCCCAGUGCGAAAGUGUCGUUCGGGAUGACAAAAAAGUGGUGGUACAGUAUUUUAAGAAACUUAGCGAUACCUUGGAGCACAAAAAACAAGCUCUGCUGACUGCGCUGGAUGAGAUCAACACACGCAUCGGGGAGGAGUACGAGCCUCUCAUCGAGAAGCUGAAAAGAAUCAGGGAAGAACAACUGGAGUUAAUGUCACUGAACAAAUCGAUUCAAACUGAGGAGUCCCCGCUCGUUUUCCUUGAGAAAGUGGAUGAUAUGCAUCAGCGUAUAAAAGCUUUGAAAGAGAAGCAGCUGCCGGAUGUGAAACCCGUGGAGAUUUAUCCGAGGAUUGGGCAUCUACUGAAAGAUGUGUGGUCUAGAACUGAGGUGGGACAGAUCAACAAGGUCCUCACACCAAAAAUAAAACUGAUUCCGAAAAGGAAGUUAUGCAGCAAGGGCAGGGGAAAGGAGGGCAGGGAGUCCAACGAGCUGCUGCCGGCCGUGAGCCCGCUGGCAGUCCUGCUGCUGCUGGUGCUAGCAGCGGUGACUCUGCUCUCCUUCCAUCAGCCCGUGUCGGUGCUGCUGGAAGCUGCUCCCGCCUGCGUGUCAGAUUUUGUGCUGCUCACUUACCAAGAUCUCCAUGCCCAUGUGCAGCACAUGGGGGAUGUGCUGUGCCGUGUGUUUGAUUUACUGGGCGAGUUUUUAGGGAGAAUCGUUUCUCUUGGUCCAUUUCAAUGAUUAGAAGCUAGCGUAGGUAUCCGCAGCAUUUUAAAGUUUCUACUUAAAAGCUAGAUUGUUAAAGCUCUUGUGUUUUCCUUUCUGUUCCCAUAUCCUCCCUUUUUCUGUGUCUGAUAGGAUUCCUCUUGGCUAACUCCUAGUGAACCGAGCAGGUUUGUGGGGAGAGGGCUUCCUCUGCUCACGCAAGCUGGCAGGUUGGUGUUGGUUUCACUCAGGAGCAGUGUCUGUGUAAGGAAGCUCUCAGCUACUCACAGACAGUAAGUGGGGUUUUGUUUGUGAGCAUUCCUUAACCACCUACUAGCCUUCUUUUUUGUUUUUAACAGAGUUUAAAAUUAUUUUUAGGUAAAAGCACAAGAUGAAAGGUUAAAGAACCACCUCAGGCUGCAGGCUGGCAGGUGCUGCUGGGGCUGGGUGUGUGUUCCUGCCUCUCUAUAUGUGUCUGACCCAAUGCCCCUCCACUCCCUGGCCCUGGGGUUUGCUUGGUUUAUUCCUGGUUCCUGGUGGAUGACGUGGUUUCAGCUUAUUUAUUUCCUUUUAAGCUGUUUCUGAUACCUUUGUGUCUUCCAAAGGGUCUCCUCUGCAGAGGAGUGUCUGCAGGAGCUGUGAUGGCAUAGUGUGUGGCUGUGCCAGUGCUUGUGGUGGGGGUGGGUGAGGCUGGCUGGAACAAGCCCUGACUUAAGCUAAACCAUUUAAUAUGUACCAAAUAUACGUAGGGACUGGAGUAAGUAGCAAAACUCCCACUGAAGUCAAUGAAUACACAGUUAUUUCACCUUUUCAGCACAAAUCCCAGAGCCCUUUACCUUGACACAGAGGAAUCGGGGCAGCAUUUCAUUCUGCACUCACAUGGUCACUAGUGCUGUUCCCUCCUCCUGAUGAGGUGCUGCAGUCUAACCCUGCUCAGGACUGACAUCCCCAGUGGAAGCCAUUCAUGGCCUCCAGUGGUGGACAGGCUGAUCCCUGCAAGGACUGGGAGAGCCAGCAGCAGAGUGCUGCUGAGCUUACAGGUCACCACACCACCAAAAUUCCAUGUUUGCCAGGUCUCCUUGGGCUUGAAACAGUGCUCCAGCACAGCAGCGUUCCUUGGCUGCUGUACAUGUUUGGGUAACAGAAGUUGAAAUAAUGAUGAAAUUCUGAGGCUGACCUGCAGGAACUUGGUAUUUCAGGCCCUUGUGCAAACCAGAACCCACCUGUUGGGCUCCAGCAAAGGGCCAGUGGCUGCUCGGCCACAGGGAGAGCAAGGUCAGGCCUCAGGAGCCUCACCUAGAACCUAAAUAAAGAUCCCAGGAACCGUGUUGGCCCGCUGUGGCCUCUGUGAGGAUAAAGCAGCCUCCAGCUGAGCUCUGUAGCUGGCUGGGUGAUUGCUGGGGUCUGGGGAGGCUGGGGCUGGCAGUGCCCGGGGAGAUGAGUGCUUGCUAGAGGUUCUUCUGCUCUCUGUAGUCUUUCAGAGUUACAAAGGCAAUUCUAUGAAUGCACUGGUCAGGUUUGGAAAUGUUGAUCCCUGGGAACUGUGUAAAUGCUGUUGUAUUAAUUUCCCAGUGAAACUGGGAAUUUGGUUUUGGCUGAAGCCCUGCUAGAAGGCUGUCACUGGCAUCUGAGUCUCUCCAGGCCUGGUGCUGUCAUGUGUGUCAGUGUCUGUCCCUGACCACGUCAGGCUUCUUUUUUGACUGACUUACCUUCCUGUCUUUGCUUUUCUUGACUUCUAAAAACUACAGAGUUUAUAAUGCGAUUUUAUUUUUCAAGACUACAGGGAUUUAUAAAACGCCUUUGCCCACACUGAACUGUUUAGCAGUUGUACUUCUGCUCUGCUGUAUCCUUUUGAUAAAUUUGCAUACAAAUAAAAUAUAUUCUUUGCAGUA